AUGAUUGGAAUUUUCAGCCCUCGUUACAAGCUUGUAAUCCAUGUGAUUCAAAUAUUUCUCAUCAUAAUUGUUCUGGUGCUUUCAAUUGUUCGCAUGUUCAAGCAACCAGCCGGAGCCCCACGGACCAGGGCGAACACAAUGUCUUUGGGAAUGAGCGCCAAAUCACUUGCCCUAAUUCUCUAUCAACUCUUGACAGAGCAUGUUCGGGCCCUUCAAAGAUGGUCAAGCUUAAAGGUGUAUGCUAUUCUCAACGCCAUGGAGAUCGUCUUCUGGCUCGCGGUCGUUUUCCUCUUAAUCCAAGCCAACAUCAGCUUUUGCUCCGGACUCAGCUGCACGCUUAGUUGGAUUGUUGUCUCCCUGGGCAUUGUCAUGAGCCUUCUCGCCGUCUACAUGGCCAUCGUCACCUUCUUGGACUUCCGCAACUCGCGUUCUAAGAUAUUGGAUAUGGAUGACAGUACAGAAGUGCAGUCUGUCCAAAGCUAUCGCGCACCGAGUAAUGCCCCCGAGGCUUCGAAGGCCUGA